AUGAGCUCCGCCUCCACACUGAUCGGCUGCGGAAUGAGAAACAUCACCUCAUGCCUCUUCUCUCGCUGUCUACGCUUCGAGGAAAAAAAAUCCAAUUGCAUAUCGCCGGAAAACUCGAGCGGCAGCAUAGUUUUCGACUUCACCGGCCGCCGCCCUGCGAAAAUAAGCCCCGAAAAUAUGGUCCUCGACGAAGAAGAUUACCUAGUUUUCCUCUUCAGGGAAGAUGGAGCAAUUGAUCUCGUAAACAGCGGCGACUGCGACGAAGAUGAAAAUUUAACAUAUGCUCAUAUUGUAACGGGAGAAGAGAAAGAGAGCAAAGAUGAAUUGGAGAAUUGUGAUUCUAAUAUUUCAGAUACAAGCUCGGAAUCUUUUUCCUUUCCAAUAUUGAAAAUUGAGGAAUGGAUGGGGAGUCCAGUUUACAUGCCCAAGCAGGAAAAACAAGGUGUUCGUCUACAUUGCUGUAGAUUCUAA